AUGAAGGCUUCUCUUCUUUCUAUUGUCGCCGCGUUUGCGGGCGCGGCGACUGCCCAGGUCAAGGGCAAGCCCUUCGGCUUCGCUGCCGGCACCACUGGUGGUGGCUCCGCUGCUCCCCAGUAUCCUUCUAGCAUUGCCCAGCUCAAGGAGUGGCUCACGGACAGCACGCCGCGAACCAUCAUGAUCGACCGUACCUGGGACUUCCGCAACACCGAGGGAACGACCAGCGGCCAAUGCUGCAGUGACAACAGAACGACCAAGUGCCCCGGCGGCACGUCCAAGGGACAGGCUUGGAUCCAAACCACCUGUGACGCUGCCAGCGGCACCUGGGUCAGCUGCAAGUACGACAACGCCGCCAAGACGCCCAUCGAUGUCAACAGCAACAAGAGCAUCGUCGGUGUCGGCAGCAAGGGUGUCAUUAUUGGAAAGGGUCUCCGCGUUCGCGGUGGCAAGAGCAACGUUAUCAUUCAAAACGUUCACAUCACGAACCUGAACCCCCAGUACGUCUGGGGUGGUGAUGCCAUCACCCUCGACGGUGCCGACAGAGUCUGGAUCGACCACUGCAAGAUCUCUCUGAUCGGCCGCCAGUUCAUCGUCACUGGCUGGGGUGCUGCCGGCAAGGUCACCAUCUCCAACACCGAGUUCGACGGUAAGACCGAGUGGUCUGCCGGCUGCAACGGCAAGCACUACUGGGCCGCCCUCCUCAUCGGCGCCAAGGACUACUACACCUUCUCCGGCAACUGGGUUCACGACACCUCUGGCCGCUCGCCUCACAUGGGCACCACCAACGGCGUCACCGAGAACAUCUUCCACGGCGUCAACAACUACUUCCAGAACGUCGGCGGCCACGCCUUCGACAUUGACGGAAACACCUGGGUCCUCCUCGAGGGCAACUACUUCGACAGCGUCACCACUCCCGUCACCGCCGACAGCUACACCAAGGGCGGCCAGGUCUACUACGUCACCACCGUCGACGAUGCCGCUCGCUGCACCUCUUCCCUCGGCUACAUCUGCGAGUGGAACCGUUCUGCCAACUCUGGCGCCGUCAAGUCUACCACCAGUGCCAACGCUCUCUCCAAGCUGGCCGGCUUCAAGUCUUCUCUUAUCGGUCACAUUGGCGUUGCUGAUGUCCCUGCCAAGGUCAAGGCCAACGCUGGUAUCGGCAAGACCACGAGCACCAACGCCUAA